AUGGAAGAAUCUGAUGGCUACCCAAAAGAGUGUUACACCCAAGACGGCCGGAGAGUGAUGUCAUCUUCAUCCACCACAAGCGUCCACGUCACGGCUCUGGACGGCCUGGUCAACGUCAACUCACUAUUCACCAUCGCAGUCUUCGUGGGUCUGUCUCUGACAACACCGGGACAGAGAAGCCUCGAGGGCAAGACAGCCUGCGACGCCAGAAUCGACGUAGCUAAGAAGCUCCUGGUCUUCGAGGUUGUCUCCUUCAGCUUCUUCCUCUUCUCUUCUCUGGUGGCGCAGGGCCUCAAGCUGGCAAUCAACUUGCUCAACAGCAAGGAUGUCGACGAGGCCUUCCGGGCCCACAUCAAUCUCAAAGUCUUGAGAUUUGGGAUGAUGGGUUCGGCUUUCGGGUCGGUGAUGGGCUGUGUGUUUUUGGUGCUGUCAAUGGUGGAUGUGAUUCAGAUUAGGUUGGGGAUGUUGUCUUGUGGAAGCAAAUCUGCCGUGCAUUCUGUUGCGGCUCUUGUCGUUUUGGUUUCCACGGCUCUUUUGGUCUAUAUUUCCACUGUUGUUUAUGCUUUUCUUCAUUAG